AUGCUAAACAUUUGGCAAGCUUCGGGUAACAAGCUAACAUCUUUUCCUGUGGAGGAGCUGGCGAACGUGUUUGAUGUGAAACAUCUGAAGAGGCGCUUAAGCAAAGUGUGCGGUGCUUCGCGAUUUCGACAGCGACUGCUCCGAGACGGGACUAUCCUCCAGGACAGUGCCAUUGUGAUUGAGCCACAAGACCUUCAUUUGGUCUUGCUGCCUUUCUGCCGCAGUUCUGACAGUGACAAAGAGCGCGUGAAUGCGGCCAUAAGACGCGGGGAUGCUGAUUAUGUCGAGUCAGUGCUACAAGGCCCUCACGACCCAGAAGCCCUGACAACUCCGCUAUCUUCCCCCAUGGUUGUAGCAUCUUAUUACAGAUGCCUUGAGAUAGCGAAGCUGUUGCUCGAAGCCCGGGCUCAUGCCGAUCGUGCAGUGCAAGACGAGACUCCAUUGUUUGUGGCAGCAUCCAAGGGUUCUUUGGGCAUUGUGCAGUUGCUCUUAGCCGCCGGUGCUGACAAAGAUCGAUCAUGCAGAGGCAUGACCCCUCUGUUCGCCGCCGUCACUGGCACUAGCUCGAUUGAGUGCGGGAUUGAUUGCCAGUCUGUUGCGGGUCUCUUGUUGGAAGCGCGUGCUGGUUGCGACACUGUCAGCUGUUUCGGGGGCCAUCUAGCAACUCCUCUGUACUAUGCUGUUGCUUCCGAGCAGACGGCACUGGUCCCAUUGCUCCUGCGUGGCAGAGCUGAUCCAAAUCAUGUUUGUGCCAGGGGCAACACACCUCUCCACGUGGCUUCGGAGAAGGGAUUAGCGAUCACCGUGAAUCAGCUCUUGGCAGCGAGGGCAGGCGUGGAGUUUGUCCGCGCAACAGGGCAUACGGCGUUGCACUUGGCCUGUUCCCGGGGCUAUGACGAAAUCGUGCAGAAGCUGCUCGAAAGCUGUGCCGAUAGGGAUCAAGCUUCCAGUCAUGAUGGUAUGACGCCUCUUCAUUUGGCAUCUGCCCCAGGCCAUGCUUCAGCGGUCAGCCUCUUAUUACAGGCGCGGGCAGACAAGAACAAGGCAUGCAUCUCAGACGACACACCCUUGGACCUAGCACGGGCCGCGGGUCAUGCAGAGAUCGUGCAGCUGCUGGAGUGGAGCGGCUCGGGGAAGUCCUCCCGGAAGCGGAUUAGAGCGAGCUGA